AGCAUCGAUCCGUAAACAAGCGAAAGAAAUCAAUAAAUUUCGGCGCGGGAAAACUUUUACUACUGCAACUAAUCAAAAAAAAAAAAAAAAAAAAACAUAAAAAAAAAUCUGUGACGACAAACUGUGAUAACAAAAAACCAAUUAAAAUGUCGGAUUCUAAUAAUAAUAGUAUAACUGAUAUAAAACAAAAUAAUAACUCCUCCUCUGCCGUCCAUAUAACGGGUAAUAGUGAAAUUUUAACAAAAUUCUCGCCGAAAAUAUUUGAAACUUAUAAAAAAUUAGCUUUAGAGAGAGGCAUACUCUCGUAUGAAUUAAACGCCCGGCCGGUAUCGGGUGUGGGAGAGAACUCUUAUGGUUUUAUUUUACAAGUCUGUGUAAAAGCCACCAAAAUGUUGGAAACGCCGCCAAUGCCCGAUAAAAGUUUUGUUACCAUAUUAAAAAUAUCACCCAAAAAUCCCGCUUUUCGGGCCCAUAGUCGUAUAGUGGAUCUCUAUAAAAGAGAAGUGUUUAUGUAUCAACAAGUUUUUGCAGAAUUUCGGCAAUUAGAACAGGAAAGACUCCAAGAAUUGAACUGUGUUAAUGAAGUCCAACUUUCCAAAAAGAAUAACUUCGAUAUAGUACCUGAAAUACUCUAUGCCAAUUUGGAUUUAGAAGAUGAAUUCAUUAUAUGUGAAGAUUUAACUUUAAGUGAUUUUAAGCAAAAUUCACGCACAAAUAUGCCUUCAUAUGAUUUGGUUUGUGCCACCUUUCGUUCCAUAGCCAAAAUGCAUGCCAUGUCUUUUGUUUUGCAAUAUCGCAAACCUGAACUUUUCCUAAAAUUAACCCAAGAAAUGAGUGAUAAUCUAUUUACUGCCGAUAUGGAACCUUUAACAGUGGAAUUUGGCAAAAGAUAUAUAAGACGUACGAGCGCCAUGUUGGAGCAGGAUUCGAAUUCAUCGAGUAAACAAAUAGAGGCUUUGAAGUACUUGGAGUGUAAUUUUAAAGAGAUCUGUUUGCAGUGUGUAGAUGGCCAGAGGGUGGCUCCGUAUGCUGUUCUAUGUCAUGGAGAUUUUUGGAAUAAUAAUAUUCUUUAUAAAUAUGAUACCCAACAACAAGCUACCUCUGCAAAAUUAAUCGAUUUUCAAUUAUCCCGCUAUGCUUCGCCCAUACUCGAUCUGGUACACUAUCUUUUUGCCUGCACCGAAAGAGAUUUACGCUCUAAACAUUUUAUGGAAUUUAUGGAUAUCUAUCAUCAAUCUCUAGGUCAGCAUAUAGAAUUUUAUGGACACAAUAUAGAGGAAAUCUAUCCUAAAACUGUAUUUCUACAGCAUUUACGAGAAUUUGGCAUUUAUGGUUUCUGCAUGGCAGCCUUUUCUAUACCUUUCUUUAUUUCCAAUACCAGUGAAUUGCCUGAUUUUGAUGAGGUUGCAGGUGCCAUAAGAGAAAUAUCUUCUUCGGAAAAUUCCGAUGAAGAAAUUGAGGGUGUUAAUGAGGUGAAGGGGGCUCAUGAUGCCACCACUAAACGUUUAGAACUGCUGGAGGAAUAUGAUCUAUUAAGUGAACGUACUUUGCCCAUAUUCAAAAGGCGCAUGUGUGGUAUUGUUAAGGAUUUGGAAAAGUAUGAAAUGUUGGGAUAUUGUAUGUGAAAGUAUUUUAACCCAAGAUUAAAGGUUUCUUUAAACACAGUAUUACAAAAUUUUAGUUAUUUUGUAUAUUUUUUUGUUUGUUUUCUUUUUAUUAUUAUUAUCAUUAAUUAAAGUAUAUUGUUUUAAUUAUAAUUAUAUAUUUAUAUAUAUAUAUCUUCACUUUACUAUAUAAAUAAAUU